ACUUCUCCAUUUCCUAAAUCCCCUCCCGCUCUGCCUUUAGCUCUAACCAACCGUCUGUUUGAUCGACCUAAAGGCUCCGAGUCGCUCUUCUCCUCUCGAUUCCGCCUUCCCUGCUUCAUUUUUGGACUCCCCCUUCCCUCCAGACCCCGCUUUUUCGCCGCCUCUUGCCCGAUCUCCUCGUCGAAUCCCAGGCGCCAGAUUUAGCGAGCCCAAAGUUGACAGGCGAAGCUAACCCCCCAAAAACUAGCCCGGAUUUGACUCACUUCCCUGGGGCGUCAUCUCGUCCACUCGUCCCCGGCCGCUUGUGGAUACCUCCCCGUGAAGCUGACGAGUGUCCGCGGUGGGUUUGAUCGCUGGUAAGCCGGUUGUUUGUUAGCAGGCGUGCGCGGUUUAGCCUGCUAGCUAAUACCCUGCGUAUUUAGCCAACACCAGGCCUCAGUCCAGCCCCAAAAGCAUCUGCUCCAAACACUAUUCGCAUCGUCGUGCAGUGAUAGUUGACAGCUUACCUGGUGACACUGCGACUUCUCCCUGAGGAGCCAAGAAGCAGACGGCUCAUGACUUCUGACCAGGACACGAAAGUAGUCGCUGAACCCCAGGUGCAGCACGUGCAAGAGGCAAAAGAGAACGCUCAUUUGGAAUCCGCCAAGGUUUCAGACCUCAACCCCAAUGCCAAAGCAUGGGCCAACCACAUGUUUAGCCUGGAGCCCAGUGGCAGCGCAGACAGCACACAACCAUGGAAGGACGGCUGCGAGAGCCCAGCCGACACCGGACCAGAGGGGUAUGAAGCCAUUGAGGAAAAGGCCUAUAAGGAGCCCCUGGUGACAGAGCCAGAUGAACCUCCGCCAGCCCCAGUGAUGCUGGAGGACCCUGCUCCAGUUCACUCGUCCUCCUCCUCCUCCGAAGCCUACACAGAGUUCAGUGACCCCGGGCAGACUGUGCACACAGGCAGUGACACACAGCCCGAAUCUCCUCAGGAUGGACUGAGGGAGCACCUGAAGAAGACACUGGAGUUCUGUCUCUCCCGGGAGAAUCUGGCCAGUGACAUGUACCUGAUCUCACAGAUGGACAGUGACCAGUAUGUGCCAAUUGUGACUGUGGCAAACCUGGACCAUGUCAAGAAGCUCAGCACCGAUGUGGAGCUCAUCGUUGACAUUUUACGCUCUUUGCCAUUGGUCCAGGUGGAUGAGAAAGGGGAGAAGGUGCGGCCCAAUCAGAACCGCUGCAUCGUCAUCCUCAGAGAAGUCCCAGAGAGCACUCCUAUAGAGGAGGUUGAGGCUCUGUUCAAAGGGGAUAAUCUACCGAAGUUCAUCAACUGUGAAUUUGCCUACAACGACAACUGGUUCAUAACGUUUGAAUCAGAAGCAGAUGCACAGCAGGCAUAUCAAUAUCUCCGAGAGGAGGUCAAGACCUUCCAGGGAAAGCCUAUUAAGGCGAGGAUAAAAGCGAAGGCAAUCGCUAUCAACACUUUCAUGCCAAAGAACGGUUACCGGCCGGUGGAGGUGAACCCGUACGCCCAGCGCCAGUACCCGUCCUACUACAUCCCCCCAAUGUACAGCCCCCAGCAGCAGUUCCCCCUCUACAGCCUCAUCACGCCCCCCACCUGGUCCACUACGCACAGCUUCAUAGACCCUGCACUGGUUGCACCUUUUCACAACAGCCAGUUCCUAAAUGGCUUCAAUGGUUUUAAACCAGCCACGACUCCACUCACUGUCCGACACUACUCCCCCAGAAACAGGAAUCCCAGUAAAUCUCACUUGCGGCCGGUGGUGCCCACAGCGGACCGCAGCCCUGGACUUUUGGACAGCCCCGGCCUGUUCCCUUCUUUUCCCGCCGAGAGGCUGAACGGAGUCCGCUCCAGCCCCCCCACCCGCCUCCCCAACGCCCAGACCAGGACCCGGCCCCCCUCCACCACCCCCUUCCCUCGCAGGGACACUGUGGGCACAGGGCGGGUGUCUGAACCCACCACCAACGACUUUGGCAUGGGAAGAGGAAGGAAAAAUAUUUCUGCUUCUAGGAAAAAGAGGGAUGAGAAGUUUACAAGAGUGACCCCUCCGUCACCACCCCCUAAACCCCCGUCUCCGAGGCUGGAGCUGGGUCUGUCCAGUUUCCCUCCUCUCCCUGGAGCAGCCGGUCAGCUCAAAACAGAAGACGUGUUUGAAAACCGACUGGCCAGCAGCGUCAUCAUCGGCAACGCCAAGGAACGGAAUGUAAAUGCCGACUUGAACUCCGGAGCCAUUUCUCCUUCGGGCCCCAAAGAGUCACAGCCAUCGUCCACUUCCCCCAAACCGAGCAGCCUCCAGCCAUCAGCCGUCACCACGACAACCACACCGACUCCCAUCGCCACGGGAACGCCGCUCUCCCCCGCCCCCGUCUCCUCCACAGCUGAGGUGAAGGUGGCUGAGGUGAAGGAGUCUCCGUCAGUGGAGCGAGUUCUUGGGACACAGUCUACUGCCAGUAAAUCUGUGCAGGUCAAUGGAGCUGCCACAGAGUUGCGGAAGCCAUCGUACGCCGAGAUCUGUCAGAGAAUCAAAGACUCUGCGUCCUCCUCGUCACAGGUGUCCUGUAAGGAGCCCAAACCCAGCGCUGAAGACCGGAAGUGCCCCGAGACAGCCCACCCCCCAGCAGGAGGCGACGCCACCCUCAACACCUCCACCGCCGCCAACAAGCCCCCCAGAGAAAGCCCCCAGCCGCUACCGGGACGAUCGCAGCGGGACCCUCCUCGCCGACGAUGGGCCUCUCCUCCUCCACUUCCAGGGAAAAGCAACAUCAAAGACCCCCACCAUACGCCGCCCAAGUCCCCCCAAUAAAGCCCCCUGCCCGCACCCCCCGCUCCACCCUCCCACCCCCUGCUCCACCCUCCCACCCCAAACACGUCAGGGCUGUCUAUCCCAGAAUCAGCAUCAAAAAUCCAUCAGAGGAGGCGCCUUCUUCUGAUCAGGGCUCGCAGACAAAAGCACUUUACUGUGCACGUACAGCACCAUUUCAUUUGUUUUAGUCUAAUUUAUUUUUAUUUUAUUUCCUUUUUUGUUCAUUUAAUUUGGUGUUGAGUUUCAAUAAGAAACAGUUGGUUGUUACUGGCCUUGUGGGAGUGGCGGCGAUGGCAUUGUCGUGCAGCUUUAUGUAGCUAAUAUUAUCAGCAAAUAUUAACAUCUCAUCCUCCCAUUUGUACGUUUACAAUAUGAUUGUGAAUCAUGUUUUAUUAUUUUUUUAUUAGCAACUGUUUCCUCCGAGUUUGAGCUUGCCUAAUCCUGCUGUGGUUUUUAUUGGUUGCUAACUACUGCUUUCUACAUUGCACGACAGUAAAGAAAAGGGGCAUUCAAAUCUGAAACCAGAAUCUUUUAAAGGUGCACUGUGGAACUUUUUGGAGAGUCCACAGCCUGUUUUGUCUCCAUGGAGAUUAAUGCUUUGGUUUUAAUUGUCCACAGUAUGGCAUUAAACUAAUCUGUCUUGCAUUUUUCCAACUACAGGUGUUUUUUAUUGCUCAAAAAUAUCUUAAAAAAACAUUAACUCUUACUGUGACUGUCCACAAAUCUAACCUGUUAAGUGGCUUGCAAGUCUCCAUGGAGAUUCAGAAGUUUAUGGCCAUAUAGACACAUUUCCAUGGAGACAAGCAGGUGAUGGAGCCACCACCAGACAAGUUACACAGUGCGCCUUUUAAAACACUUAAUUUUCCAAUUUACUGGCUUGGAAUUUUUGAGAUAUUUGCAAAUUAGUCCUUUCAAAAUGGUGGAAGAAAUACAGUGACGCACAACUGUCAAAUUCAUGAAGUCAAUUCUUUAAACAAGUCUAGAUUCAAUUUGGUGAAGCAAACUCUGCCCUUUGGCUACAUUUUAAAAAGGGCAAAGCAUUUUCCAGAGUUUGGUGCUUCAAAAAUGAUCCUGUAGUGUAUUCUCUCUAUCUGCAAAGCAAAAUCACCAUCUCUAUUUGAAAAAGGGAAGUUUGACGAUCCCAUCUGCUGUAAAGACGAUUUUUGAGAUUUCUGAGGAGUUUUCUGGGAGAUUUUAGGUUUGGAGUUUCGUAAAGUGUGGGUUCUUUGAAAGUUGAAGUGAAAGGAACCAGUUGGAGACCAGUUGGGCAAAGGUUUGAGUGACGUAGAAAAAGUCGAUGAUGGGGAAAUGAAACUUGAGUGAAACGCAAGACUUCAUCACAGUCUCUUCUCUUCUUGAGUCUGUACCACUUUGAAGCGAUCUGUCCACAUGCUUCCCUGUGUCUGUCCUCCUUUAAUGAGCAAAAUGGGGCAAGAUUAACCCAAGCACAUAAAGGCUCCUCUGCAACAAAACGUGAUCUUAAAAAUAAUAAUAAAACUGCUUUAAAGCUUGGAACACUGUCUGGAGCAACCACUCAGACAGAAACUGCAGAAGUUUUAGUAAGAGAAAGAAUUCCUCCUUUAAAAAAAAAACCAAAAAAUUAUUUAUAAAUACUGUACAUAACCUUUUAACUAUUAUAAUAAAGUACCAUAUUGUCAGCACUAUAUGGCGCUCUGUCUUUAAAUGGUCUAUUUUCAAACUUUUUUCACAAAUAAACCGCACCGGACUUUAAACGAAACACAACAGUUUGAUGGGUCAGUGGGACUUUGUUUGUGGCGUUCACUGUGACUCUCUGCUUUGUUCAAAUGUGACGUUUAGGGAGUCUGUCUGGGACCGCUGGAUUGUCGGCGUGUUCGCAGUGACUCAGUUGUUCAGUUGUGUCUAGAAGUGGCACAUUGCGCUCGCUUUUUCGGUUUGUCCCUCCGUCCGGUCGUCGGCGUGGAGUGAUGAGUGUGUCUGUGGGUGUUUUUCGCCGCGCAGUUGCUGUCUGCUCCGUGUGUGUUUGCGUGCGCUCCGGGUGGUACGGCUUUGUAAUUUACUGAAGUCGUGCUGGGACACCCGAGUGGAUUCGUGUAUAGGGCGCUCUGGAUUCGUUUUCGUUUUUUGAUGGGGCGGAGGCUUAAGAGCGCGCCCAAUAACCCAGAAAAUAAUGUGAAUAAGAUGUAAAAAUGGACCACUUAUUUGUUAACCUAAUAUGUUGGUCUUAAGAGGUCAUGUUUUCUUCUUACACGUUUUCCAUUCGCAAGAAGAAAUUGAAUUAGAGUCAAAACUGGGAGCUCGGAGUAGAGACACUGCUCCACCACAUGACGAGGAGCUCAUGAGUGAUUCAUUCUUUUUUUUCUUUUUUUUUAAUUUGUUAUAGACAGAGAGCGAUCAAGCCAUGAAAAGUGUGGCCCAACUUGAACAGUGUAUAGAAUCCCACAUGGAUACAAUCGGACAAAAGUCGCACACAACUUGGAAAUGCGAGACUUUAUUUUGGAAAACGUCUAAAAAGAACUUUGGCUAGAGAUCGGCGUAACAGAAUCUCACUUUGUUGCUUCAUACUUAACACAAAACAACUACACUAUAGAAAAAGACUGCUUAAAUAUGAAGUACAGACAACAAACUCCACAAAUAAUCGGAAGGACGAUGUUGAAUAGAGAAAGUACGGUAGUGUGAAUAGGCUCUAUGGGAAGAGUGCAGUCUGUGGGCCUUUGUGUGCUUGGGUUAAUCCAGCUCCACCUGAGAUGCAAUCCUCCAUGUUUAUCACAAACCACGGCGGUGUACAUUUUCAAAAAGCCUUGUGGGACCUCGCUUGUCCCGCCAAAGUCUUCCUGAAUCUAAAAAAAAACAAAGCAUUCUGGGUAAUUCCAUACACAAAGCCAAUGUGCUGAAGGGAAUGAUCUGACAAACUCCUGUUCAUAGCAUAGCAUAUUUUCAUUUGAAGGACUGAAAUGCACUUGGAUGGCUUGAUUAGAUUUAAUUUUUUCUCAUCGGUGGAGAUGGUCAAAGAGGCACACCAUAUCUGCUUAUAUUUAUAAACCAAUGCUGUUUAUUCCAUGAGAAAUCUUUUGUUUUGAGAAAAUACAUAGAGACGCGCCUCUAUAUAUUUACGCUAAAUGUAAAGAAAUGUCCAUCCAGUGUUUGAGAAACUUGAAUUUUAUUUAAACUUGAAAAAUGACUUUGCCUUAACUUUUUAUACAAGAAAAGCAUAGAGUUUAUUUCUUUUGAGAAACCCCCUGAAGUGUGGAGAGUUCCCCCAGAGUUCAAAUCUAGACGCAUUUUCGUUUCUUUCCCUUGAUUUUUGUACAAAAAAUUGAAUUAUUUUGUUUUUGUUUGUGGGAAAGAAUAUUGUAAAUGCAAACCUAGUCAAUACUGUAUUAAAUCUGUGCACUUUGAAGUGUGUGCUUUGCCUGUACAGUUGUAAAUAAUCAGAAAAUAUAAGAGGUACCUUAAAAUGAUUAUAAAAAUAUAUUGAUCUUGUCGAAUUAUUAAUGUUGAGCUGGAUGUAGGAUAUAAAAAACGUAUUGUUGUGCUUUCGGAGAUAUUUUCUUCAAAGUUUUUUGUUUGUUUUGUUUGCGAAUGUUUGGAUUCUGAUUGUAUGUUGUUGUUUUUUUUUUUCCUCUCAUUCCAUGAUUUGUACCUGUCCAGGUGUGAACAGGUGACUUAAGCCCCGCCCCCUGCUGCCUUUAGUUCCGUUCGUGGUACUGACCAAGUGCCCACUGACGUCUCACCGUAUCAAGCAAACCCAGUGAUGUGACAGUGGUUGAAUUUUAGGAAACGGAUAAAAAAAAUCUUGCUUUAAAUACUGACUUACAUGGCUUUAUGAACAGAGUCAAUGUCUGGACAUGGAGUCGUGUUUUAAAACAUGACACUAGAGUAAUGAGGUGGAAAAACAACUGACAAAAAAAUGCUAAAAAUCUAUAGAAAAAGUAAAUAAAAAAAAAAAAGCCAAAAGUGUAAAAAUAGGGGAAAUAUUGAGCAGAAAAUAGAAAAAAAGCCAGAUAUUUAUGAAGAUACUUACACAUAAAAUAAAAAAAUAUGGAAAUCUUGGAACUAUAAUCAAACAAAUGAUUACAAAUUUAUUUAAAAAUUGUUGACAAUCCUGAAAAAUUCUAAAUAAUAAUAAUAAAUUGGUGAAAUUAGGAAUAUUCUAGAUGAACAUUUCCUACCCGAGUCUGACCCGCAUGACAAAAAUACUAUAAAAAUACAACAAAAAAAGAAAAAAAUACGCUAAUUUGCUUAGUAUGAGUAGUCACAAAAUGUAAUUAAAGAUAAAAAAAAAAAAAAAACUUCAGUCAUUACAUAAUUUAUUAAUACAGAAACAAAAAUUGGCUGAAUUUUAAAGUUCACCAAGUUGAUUUUCGUACCUAAUAAGCCUCGUGGGAUUCAAGCCAGUGUUUCUGUAUCACUGCAGUAACAAAGAUGGAUUCUUAUGUUGAGCAAAAACAUAGAAGUAGCUUUAAUAUCUGGAGAUCUCUUUUCUAAACUCAACCAAAAUACUUUUUUCCACUUUCAUCGCAAUUCUCACAAUCUUUAUCAAAAUGAAACGCAGCCACUUCAGAGUAAAACUGAAUUUUCGUGCCGCAUUUGGUCAGCAUCAAUUCGACUCUAGUUUGGAAAUUGAUCGUAUAAUGCACUUUCCUUCUUUGUUGAUUCCAGUUGUGACGAUGUGGAAAAGUAUUUGAGCAAAUUCAUACUAGGAUUGUCAAAAGUACCAAAAAUCAGAUACCAAUUUAGAUACUCGGAGACUCAUUUAAGCAAGUAUCGAUCCCGCAAAAGUCUGAUUAAUAGAACGACAAUUUGAGCUUUCCUGAACAGUUUUAGUGCAAUUCGAGCUUUGUCCGAACGAAAAUAAGACCUCAUGCCGAGCUAAAGGAAGUAUUUGUAUCUGAACGUGACAUUCUAUAACGAAAAAAGGACUAUUGUGGUAUCAUAAUCCGUAUCAAGCAUGGCGCGAAUUCCUUUCUAUCGAAAUCGAGUUUGAAAUUUGAGUGUCACGGUGACGCUGAUUCGUGGAAGCCGUCCGUCCUGGGUUGGUCUUGAGGUGACGUCCGGUGGGGCACUAGUUCUCUGGUGCUUCGCAAAAGUCUGAUGUGAUUUCUGUCUGCGUUUCGUCAUGUGAUCAAAAGCCGUGAAGCCAUUUUACAAGGCCUGAAUAUUUAAACGAACUCGACGCAAUAUCGUAGAGUUACCGUAAUUUGACAAAGCACCGUCGCCUUCUAUCUUUUCGUUGAGGUUCGAAGGUUCCUUCUUACACAAAAUGGGUUCUUUGUGAGCUUUAAGCCAUGUUAUAAUGUUAUUACCUCGUCAGAAACAUGCCUAGAGUUUUGUUUUGUUUCAUUCACAUGUUUAAGUCGAAGUUCAGUAGAGAUUUGAAUUUGUUUGUUUGAAUUUAUUCUCCAAACUACAGGUAUGUUUUCGACGAGGAAACGUUAUUUAACUUAACAUCGAUCCAAAAAUACCGCGAUAUAUGCCCUUUAAAUGACAGAACAAUAUUUUGGUUGCAAAUUAGUUUCUUGUGGCCUGGAUUUUGUCUUUAAAAUCAUUUUGGAGAGAUUUUCCCAGUACCAAAAUCUAUGCACGAGACGACUUGUUGGCGAAGUUGGCGUAAGAAUGAAUCCUACUGAUCACACGACGAAACUAAAACUAUAAAAAGCACAUAAAAAAACACAGGAAACACAUUAGAUCUUCUGCCUUUUUGUGAAAAGAUGGGAAUUGGAUUUUCGUGCAAAUUUGAAACGGGCUACAUUGUCGAUUUGAAAAAGUGAAACUAAUUCCUGUCAAACGAAACUAUUCAAAUUCGCCAAAAAUCCUUAGCGCUGCUCGUCUCUCAUUUUGUUCAUAGUUUCCCUUUUGAUGUCUGUUAACUUUUACAAGAAAUCGAUGUACAAAUGUUUAUUUUGGGGGCUUUUAUUUUGUAUUUUUUCUGAUAAUGGAAGGGAGAACAGAGCCCAGGAAGGAAGCGGCUCUCGGAGAUUUGUGGCACAUAGCGCUCACCUAGCUAACAUCACACGGACAAACUUCAAAACCUACCAAAAACUGUGCCAUUUCCUGUCAUCUUUUACACUCACUGCAACGGAGGAACUUGAAAUGAAACUUUGAAGAGACACGCCAGCGUCGUUUCGCGCUGUCCGAGACCCGAUUGGACGAACCACACGGAUAUACAAAACUGUGCAUGGGUGGGUUUUUCCCGCCGUUUUCUAACUGUCCAACGUGGAACUGUCGGAACUAUCGCAGGUCUCGCGUUUUCCUGCCAAAACGAACGCUAACUUUCCGAACGGACUUCUCGCGAAGCCUCGAUCUGUGCUUGCGGUUUUGACAGUGCCAUUUUGAAGUUCCUUGUAUAAAAAUGGACGGCUGCUUCUUCGAUCUUUUUUUUUUUUAAACGAUACUACCGAAUGCAACUGACUGGACUCCUAAUCAACUCACUGUGGUUCUAACACUCGCUAACAGCUUUGGACAAUCGAAAACUCCGGUUGCGUGGAGUUUGCAAACUUUGGACGAGGAGGUUUGAGUUCAACGAGGGCUUCUUGGACUACUGUUUGUGUUUUUGGUUACCUUUUCUUUGGUUUACUUUUCGGGGCUAUUCUUCCAUGGAGACUGGAAUCAAGCGCUCACGACGGCUCUAGAUCAUUUAAGUUACUCUUGUGUCAUGAUGUAAAACUGUCUAAUUUGGAGAAAAAUGUAGCUUACUGAAAAAUAAAGAUUUAGGCACUGAUGAGGAA